AUUCAACUUGAUUAGCUAAAAAUGGAAAAUAAUUAAAAUUCAGAUGUUUAAUCCUAACCACCUAUCACAAUAUUUCCCAAUUGCUCUAAUAUUGAUGAUGAUUAAGAAAUAGAAAAUUAAGAGAUAGAAGAACAAAAACAAUAUUUUUCUCAGUUAUUUGAGGAAUUAUGUGCUUAUUCUAUUAAUCCAUAGGAGGAAGCCUUCAUUGACAAGAAGUAAGUAACCUUAUAUGAUUCACGUUUUAGAAGGACUAAUAAAUUCAGCCAAUUCAGAAGGGGAUCCUACAAGAUUAUGAAAAAACAACAAGAAAGGAAGAGAAAGUAGCAAAUAAUUGAGUAACUCUUCUAAAAACAAUAAAAAACAGACUUUAUUGAAUUUAAAUAGAAGAAGUGUGAAGAUAAGUGUAUUUCAGAAGAAAUUUAUAUAUAAUAAGGGGAAUGGCAUGAGGACCACUGUAUUCAUGUUUAGGAGCAUGAUGUCAUUCCCCUUGGAUACUUGAGAUGUGGUUAAGGUAAUUUUUUUGAAUAUCUUUUGCUUUAGAUUUAAUGCUCCUAAACGAGAAUACAUGCAAUGUCAACAAUUAUGAAAAUUGCUUGCAAUUAACUAAUAAUAAUGAAAUCAACAACAAUUAAUUAUUCAUGAAUGCAUUGGAUAUACCAUUAGCACCAGAACCACAAUUGCCAAACCUUUGAGUUGCCCCCUUGUUUCUGAGGAGCUCAGAAAAAGGGGUUGAAAUAAAGUUGCGAUCACUUGUGAAGUGACAAUGCUUUCAUCGACA